AUGAGGACAAAUGGUGAAUCAUUAACUGAAGUGGUGAUUAUUGAAAAAAUCCUUAGAAUAUUAACACAAAGGUACGAUCACAUAGUGGUGGCAAUUGAAGAAUCAAAGGAUCUUGAUAAGAUGAAGAUAGAGGAGUUACAAGGCUCUCUUGAAGCUCAUGAACUGAGAGUAAGAGAAAGGUGUGCAGCAACCUCAACACCUCAAGUACAGGCCUUGCAGGCCCAAGUUAGCAAGAAAACCAAUCAAAGUGGUAAGAAAAAAUUCAACAAGAAAGAAAUCCAAUGCUAUAAUUGUCAAAAAUGGGGAUAUUUUGCAAAUGAAUGUAGAUCCAAGAAGGUUCAAAGAGAAGAUGACAAAGAACAAAUGGCAGCUGAGGAUUCAGACUCAGAUGAGGUAUUGUUGAUGGAUACAACAAAAACAAAUGAUGACUGUCCGGAGCAGUGGUACCUUGACACAGGUUGUUCAAAUCAUAUGAUUGGUCAUAAAGAAUGGUUUGUAAGCAUUGAUGAUAAGGUGAAAAGGGAUAUCAGAUUUGCAGAUAACAGUUCUGUAAUGGCAGAAGGAGUAGGAAAGGUAUUGAUUCAAAGAAGAGAUGACAAACAAUCAUUCAUAUGCGAUGUGUUGUAUGUGCCAAACAUGAAGACUAAUCUGUUAAGGCUUGGAUAG